GAUAAUGUACAAUGCCGACAGGAAGAAAAGUCCAAAUCGGAGCUGUCACUAUGGUAACUGUCGUCCUAUUUCAGAUCUGCUUGUCAGUGGAGGUUCAAACUCUGGACUGGUGCAGGGGAACAACUGACCGACCCUCUUAAUCCAGAGCAUCCGAUAGUGAGGGUGCUGUUUACUGACCAUCACACCUCCAGCCUGGGCAACAACAACACGAGUUUAUGUGAAAGAAGUGAGAGAGUGCAUGAAAGACACAGGAAUAAUGCGUGUUUUUGGACCUGGAAGAAGUUCACACGUCGACGUGUUGUUCCUGCUGCUGGCAAUGUCGCACUACAUCAGGUCGCUGUGUGGAGGUCUGUUGAGGUUGGAUGAAGAAGUGGACAAGAGCGUCUCCGUGAUCGGUCACUCUGAGCAUUUCAAGGCACAGCUGGAGGCUCUACUGCUGCACGGGAACAACAGCGACGUGGUUCUGCGUGUGGAGACCACCGACGGGGAUGAGGUGAAGGUGAUCCAAGCCCACACGCUCAUGCUGUCUCUGCAGAGCCAUACCUUCCAGAAGAUGCUGGAGAAGAGGAACGAGAGCAUGCUGGUGCUGAGAGAGAGUCCAGAGUGCAUCAACGCUUUUGAGAAGUUUAUCAGGUAUUUGUAUUGUGGUGAACUGCAUUUACGUUUGGAUGAAACCACCGCUCUUCAUGAGCUGGCCUCCAAAUACGGUGUCUCAGUUCUCCAGCAUGGCCUGACUGAAUACAUGAUCCAGAAUCUGGCUAGCGCGUCUCUGAGUGGUCACGUGGUGCACUGGUACGAGUACGCGGCUGCCGUGGGUGACGCCAACCUUCGUGUCAACUGCCUGCAGUUCCUGUUACAGAACACGACGUCUGUGUUGCGGAGCUCGCAAUGGCCGUCGAUCAGCUCCCAGCUGCUGAUGGCGCUGCUGCAGCGCUCCGAUCUGGUGCUGUACAGUGAGCUCGAGCUGUUUAAGGCCCUCGAGACCUGGCUGAUGCACAACGAGCCAGACAACCUGACAGCAGAGAACGUGUUGCGUGCCGUGCGUUACCCGAUGAUCCCACCACGUGAGCUGUUCCGCUUGCAGCGUGAGUCACAGGUGCUGUUACGCUACUACGAGUCAGUGCGUGAUCUCCUGUACAUGGCCUACCAGUUCCACGCAGCACCUCCACCACUGCUUGCCAAAUUUUUCGAUGUGAACUGCAGCCUGUUCAUCCCACGCAAUUACCUAGCACCAGCGUGGGGCAGCGCAUGGCUCAUUAACAGCCCAGCACGUGACGACCGCACGGCUACCUUCCACACACAGCUGGGUCCGAGUGCCCAUGACUCCAGCAAACGUGUGAUUUGGAAUGCACUGUUCUCACCACGCUCACGUUCUGACGGUAACCCACGUAUUGUAAUCACACCAGCUUCCUCCAGCCCCGACUUCGCGGGUGUCGUCUUCCAGAAGACAGUGAUUGUGUGUGCGAGGCAGCAGGGCCUGCUGGUGGUCCGCCGUGUGUACAACUUCCACCAGAGCACAGAAGAGAACGGCGACUUCCUGACUGACAGCGACCUACAUGAGAGCACCUCUGAGUAUUUGGUGGAUGGAUGGCUGCACCUGCACGUUAUCAUCAAACCUGUUUAUCAGACACUUAUCUCCUCAAAAAUAAAAUAAAAACAUUUCCAAUAAAUACAAACAAUACAGGUGACAGAGUAGUUUGCAUGUCUUAUCUCCUGUGUUUUCCCGUCGUAAUUAAUUCAUUUUUAAUUUUUAAUUCAUCUCACGAUCCCAUGUUAUUUAUAUUAUAAUCAACAAAUAAGAAAUGUUUUUUCCCCUCUUGAGCAAAUUUGUUUUGGGAGGUUUUAGGAGAGUCAAACAUUAUAUUAUUCUGAGCAUCAACUUUGGAAACAACUAUGGUGAUAUGGUGAUAUUUCAUUUGGACAAUGUACAGGUUCAACACUCCUGAAGGCGUUCAAGGUGUUCUGUAACUUGACUAAUCUGCUGCUUUUUGGUUUUCUUCCGAAUAAAUAAAUUAAGCCAUUGAUGUA